CACCACCAUCGAUUCAACACAUAUAAUCUCUUCAUAAAAUCAAUAAAUCUUUUUCUUCAAUCAAUCACUUUCUUUCUCUUCUCUUCAUAAAAUCAACACAAAUAAACACAAACACAGAACCGAAAAUCAUGGCUGCCACAAACACAAACACAACCACCACCAUCGAUUCAAGUACUGCUCACGGUUCUUGUGACGUUGGUGCUUCCACAACUGAAUAUUUGUAUGUUGGCUAUAAAACUGUCCAUGUUAGUUUUUGCUACUGCGUGCUGGAUUUCUGUUCAGGUUUAUAAAUCUGUCCAGGUGCUUGAUAUCUGUUCAAGUUUAAUCUUCCCUUUCAGUUUGUAUAGAUGCAGUGUAAUUAUGUUUGUUCGUCCACGCAUCAUAAAACUCCGACCACCAUGCUGGUCACAUAUUACAGCCAGACAUGUUCACACAAAACACCCACACUUAUCUCUACUGGCAGACAAAUAUUGCACUUCCAUGCGCCAACUCAAACAAAUCCACGCUCAAAUGCUUGUAUCCGCCACUAUUUCGGACAACUUCGCCGCCAGCCGUUUACUAUCCUUUUCAGCUCUUUCAAUCCACGGGGACUUAACUUACGCUUCAAAAUUGAUAACCACUAUUCAACAUCCAAACAUGUUUAUGUGGAACACCCUUAUUAGAGGCUUAGCAAUUAGCCAUAACCCACAUGAAGCGUUAUUAUUGUAUGUAAGUAUGCGCCGAAAAGGCGUUACGCCUGGAAAACAUACGUUUUCGUUUGUUUUGAAGGCGUGUUCGCGGUUAAAGUUGGUUACGUGUUGUAAACAAGUUCACGGGAAUGUUGUGAAAGUUGGGUUUGAUUUGGAUUUGCAUGUUGUGAAUAACUUGAUUAGGGGGUACUCGGUUUGCUUGAGUUUGGGAGAUGCACGCCAAGUGUUUGAUGAAUUUCCUGAAAGGAAUGUUAAUGUUUGGACCACGAUGAUAUGUGGGUAUGCUCAAAAUGAUUGUGCAAAUGAAGCAUUGGAGUUGUUUAAUAGAAUGGUCGGUGAUGGUGUUGAACCAAAUGGUCCAAGCCUUUCGUCUGUGUUGUCAGCUUGUGCGCGGUCUGGGUGUCUGGAAAUUGGAGAGAAGAUACAUGGGUAUGUGAAAGAGAAAGAAUUUGAAACGGGGGUUUUUCUUGGUACGGCUUUGGUGAAUAUGUACGCUAAAAAUGGAGCAAUUUUGAUGGCUAAACGUUGUUUCGACGAUAUGGUUGAUAAAAAUAUUGUAACUUGGAAUGCAAUGAUUUCAGGGUUAGCAGUUCAUGGACAUGCUAAAGAAGCAAUAGAGUUUUUUCAGGAUUUAGAAAAGCAUAAUGUGAUUCCAAACGAUAGCACAUUUGUUGGGGUUUUAUCUGCUUGCUGCCAUAGUGGAAACUUCGAUUUUGGCAGGAAAAUAUUUAACUCCAUGGAGAGUGUUUAUGGGGUCAAGCCAAAGAUACAACACUACGGAUGCAUGGUUGAUCUUUUGGGUCGAGAUGCGAAGGUAUUGGAGGCCGAAGAAAUGAUCAAUAAGAUGCCAUGGAAAGCGGAUUUGAAGAUUUUGGGAGCUUUGUUGAGUGCUUGUAGUAAUCAUGGAAAUAUCGAGGUUGUUGAAAGAGUAGUGAAGAAGAUGCUUGCAUUGGAGCCAAAUAACCAUGGAGUUUAUGUUGUUUUGUCAAAUAUGUAUGCAGAUGUUGGACGAUGGGAGGAUGUUUCGAGAUUAAGGGAAAUUAUGAAAAAUGAAAGUUUGAAUAAAACACCUGGAUGGAGUCUUGUUUGAUUGAUGAAGAUCAUCAUCAUAUGCACCCAUUUGACCAUAUUCCAUAAUUCCUUUGCAAAUAUUAUCAUCUAAAUAUGGUAGUGUAGAUUAAACAAGAAACAUGAUUGAAGAUACAUAUGGGUCAAAGUCAUUAACCAAUAAUUUAUGAUGAUUAGCAUUAUAAUCUUAUGAGAAAAUUAAGUUGGCAAGACGGUAGCUCUGGAUAUGCACUUAAAGACGAUUCUUUCUUUUUAAUAAUAAAAUCAAUGCUAUUUACCU